GCACUUUAAACAAAGAUUAUCUUCUCGAAACCCAGAAUUUCAUUCGCCCGUCGCCGACCCUGAGAAAAAUGCGAAUUUCACCUUCUUAUUGAGAUGGGUGAAUAGUUUUAUAAGUGUGCGAAUUGUGAGGUUUAUAGCUGGUUACCAUGUAAACAAUGUCUCAAUGCGCGCUACGAACAAUAUGGCGGCCGCGUGCUUGGUGUUGGUAACCGAGAGCUGAAGCCGCGACCUCUUUGUUGUGAGGAGGAAGCUCGUCUUCGUUGUCAAACUUAGUUUAUUUUUAUCGGUGCGAUAAAAAGAAGGUUGAAUUAUAUCUCGUAGACUUUUGGAGCCCGUCGUGCAUUCGGUGGGUGCUUGGCAUAAUGGCUUCUGGAGGACUACCUCCUUUUGACGACGAUGAUGAUGAUGAUACAGGUGAACCCGACAUGCUGGGCUGGGCAGCUGGUGCUGGGAGCCUGGAGGACAGACUUAACAACUGGGACUGGUUUUCCAGAUCUAAACAAGCAAAUCGGUCUUUGGAGAAGAAUAAGAGGUCUUCUAGUGGCUCAUCGAAAGAAAAGUCAAGGGACCGGGAGAGUGAGAGGGAGCAAGACUGCACUGUGAACGGGCGCUCACCUGGUGGCUCAGAUGGGGAGCGCAGGAGAACCAAGACUCCUCAUACCUAUCCCCGCACUAAAUUUACCCCACACACCCCCCUCAGCGAACGUAUGGAAAUGGAGAAUUUAAAGCAGCGCAUAAACUUCAGUGAUGUUGAUGAGCGAAGCAUUGGCAGUGAUUCUCAAGGCCGGGCUACAGCUGCAAACAACCAGCGUCAGCCGACAGAGAGCCGCAAACCCUUCCGAUUCUUGCAGCAGCAAGUGAGCACCACGUCGGUGGGUGGGGGCAGCCGUGGUGGCCGAGAGGCUUGCUCCACUUCAUCCGAGCCUUCCCUUUUGGGACCCUUCGAGCCUUUGCACUCCACCACCACCACCAGCCGCUCUAUAUCCGCCGGUGCAAUAAGCCGCAGUACCACGUCCAGCACAGGCCGUGUUCCACUUUCUGAGUUUGUACAGCUCGAAGAAGGAGCAGGUGUGAUGCCAGAAAGUAGCCAGCUGGUGAGCUCACUGAUGCAGAUUCGAGACAACAUUAAGAAGGCCACAUCCGUGCGGGAUGAUCUGUUAGAGAAAAACGAGCGUUCGGCUAAAGUGGAUCGCUUGACACGCUUGAUUUCUCACUUAAAGGAGCAGGAAAAAUCCUACAUGAGAUUGCUCCGAAGAAUGCUGAAUGAUGGAGAAGAAUCAAAUGGAGACUUUGCUGCGGAGUCAUUCUCACUCGGAGGUAGCGCAUCUUUAAAUGUCGAUGUCCAGUCCUUGGCAUCUGAACGCUCAGAACGUUCAGAAUCUACGGGAACGUCUCAGUCAACAAGACGUCGCCCACGUAUUGAGGACAAGCUUGGUGCAACAGUGUCCGAUGAGCAGAUGUCAGACACUACAGUUACACCACUGAAGCCUGUGAGGGCACAGGGUGCACCGGGGAAAAGCUGGUCUCGGGAGCCUUCAGUCAAUGGAGUGGGCCGUAGCACUGAACAUGAGACAAGUGGAGAGCAAGAGUUGAAGGAGGAACUGGAAAGCCUCCAGAAACAACGUGAUUUACUAACUAAAAUGUUGCAGCAACAGGAGCAGCUGAAACUGCUGGAGGGACGGCAGGCCACACUGCUAGCAAUACAGCACAGAGCCGAGCAGGCAUUGACUGGCAUGGAUGACUCAUUUGUCACAGAAGCAACUGGCAGCAUGUCUGGCACAAGCUUGACCUCUGAGCUGCAUGAUGAGCUGUCAGAGUUGAUGCAGAAGUUUAACAACUGCCAGCCAGGCACAAAGCAGCAAUCAUCACAAGCCUGCCCGAACAACCGCCGCACGGUGGCCUCAAGUGGGCCGGACACGCUGUCGUUGGCGCAGGAGGUGAGCCAGGCACGCCGGGAUACUGCAGAGUCUCAGCAGCUAUCAGUCGAGCGGGCCGAGCUCACUGACAAACUGCAGGAGUUGCAGGACAAGAAGCUGCAGAUGGACCGGCUGAUGCAGGAGCUACGCUCACUUCAGGACCAGGAGCUCAACAACAGUUCACUCGGAGGAGCAAGAAACACUGUGUCACAUCGCUCUUCUCACCCUGCACUGCCGAGGCAAAUCAGUGCUCCAGUCGGCGGAACGGUGCGGCAGCCUGCUCUCACUCGGCUUACCUCAUGCUCCACCUUCGGUGCGACACACCAUACGAACAGGGCGCCGGCAGCUUCGUUCAACGCUUCAGCCGCAUCUUUCAAUCCUCUGACUUCUACAGCCUCGGACAACGAAGGCAGCAACGAUGAAAACUUCGAUCACAGUGCAAAAAUGCAGCAACUAAAGGAAGUUCGCAAGCGUUUAAACCAACUGCGGGAACUGGUGAGCUAUUAUCAACAGGCCUCAGACAGCCUAACGGAGAGUAUAAAUGAGUUGAGAGAUGAAGAGGAGGAGGAAGAAAAUACUGAAAAGGCCUUCUUGCUUGAUUCAGAGAAAGGACAAGAGAUUACUCACAACCUUCGGAGGCUGGGGCAGGACAUCACACAGCAGACCGUAGCCAACAAUAUGUCAAGACCUCAACCGAGUCAGAGAGCCAACAAUCAAGCAAGUCAAGCACAGCUCUCUAUGCAGGGGAACAACAUACGCCCCUCUGUCUCCACACAAGCCUCUGCGUAUGAUGAAGACAAGGACCGUGAUGAAGUAGCUGAUACAGAUAAUCCAGAGGAGGUGGAGGAUAUUGAAGAGACGGAUUACCUGGAUGCUGAUAGUGUACAGAGUCAAAAUGGUAGUAUUGAUGAAAAUGAAGAGGAUCGGGUCAGUGAUGAGGACGAACAUCGUCGUCAUCAUGAAAGCCAGCGUAGCAGCCUUGCUGAGAGUCAGGAAACGGAGAUCUUGGAAAGAGCGCACAAUUUUGAUGCUUCGCAGGAGAGACUCAAGACUCUGCGUACAAUAAUUGCUACAUUCCAGGAACAUCCCGAAGCAAUAGAAAUGUCCGAAGAGAUGGAAAGUCUAUCUAUUGGCGAUCCUGCUCACAAUGAGACACCCAACAACACCAGAGCCAAUCCUACUACCCAAACAAGAAACCCCGGUGUGAAUCCUAGUGAGCAGUAUUAUAAAUUCCGGUUGGAGCAACAACAGCUGGAACUCAGACAGCUGCAGAAAGAUCGACAAAGGCUUUUGGAUAUUCAAGAUCAGCUUGAGGAGCUUGGAAACAAAUGCCCCGACUUACAGGACUCGGUUGGUGGCGUUGUGAAUCAGCUACCAAGUGCAGUACCGGGAGCAUCCUCCACUCCAGCAAUCUGCUUAGAGAGUGGCGCCCGACCUCGUGACAAAAACUCUCUUUCAUCAUCGAGGUCACCAGUUGACACGCAGCUUUGGUCAGAGAUCCGCAGACACCAGAUUCUGCGGGAAGAGCUGAGACAGCGCCGGAAGCAGUUGGAAUCUAUGAUGACGAUGCAACAAAGUGAUCAGCAGGAAAAAGAUGAGGCGAGCUCAGAACCUAUCGCAUCAGAAUGUUCUGAUACGCAAGCUUCCUACAGACUCAGUCGUACUGAGAGGACAAUGGCGACAUGGGGAGGCUCUACACAGUACACAAUUGAUGAUGACGAUGAAGACAACGAUGACGACGAUGAUGACGAUGAUGACGAUGAUGAUGCUGCCGCUGAAGAAGAGCUUCAGAAUUCCAAGUUCUGUAAAGUUGAUGGAGAUGAAGAGGAUGAUGAGGAGGUGGCACCAGAUGAGAAACCGCUGGAUGUGUUUGCUGCAGACUCCGGCCUCAGUCCACUUCAUGAGUUGUCACAGCAUAGCGAGUGCCGUCGGAGAUGGGAGAGGAGCCUGCGGAACAUAAGCUCGGAUGGAAUUAGCCCGAGUUCCCAGACUCGACGGCAGGAGAACAUGAGCCACCAGCGGCAGGAGAACAGCCAAUGGGCGUCUGAGUUGUCUUUCAAUGAGGAGAAACAGCAGUGGCAAGGCCAGAUGGACAUGUUGCGCAGCCAGCUUGAGUUCAGCACAUCCAUGUGUCAGACUCUUCUCCAGGACCAACAGACUCUCUCCUACCUGCUGCAAAGUGCUCUGACAGGCCAGUACAGCACACUGCCGCAGACUGUGGGAAAUCCUCAGGUCCACUUCAUUAUGCAGCAGCUCACAACGUGCUAUUCACAGCUGGCUGCCCAGCAAAGCAACGUGCAAAGGCUGCAGACAAUGUUGAAUGAAACGAUGCAACAGCAGCCGGGACUAAGAGGAGAGCAGCGGGCCGCCUCUGAGGUUCCCUCUGCCACAAGUCCUCGCCGAGACGCCCCCCUUGCAUCCUUUGGCUGCCCUCAAAGCACUGGCCUUCAUAGCAAUAGCUUCUCCAACUAUCACGCUGCUGUGCCCAGAUUUAACAUGCAGCCAGUCUAUCCUCUAGCCAUGAACAUCCCAACAGCAGCAGCAUUUGGAUUUGGCCGACCUAACAUGCCAAAUAAUGGGAAUGAGCUUGACCUCUCCCUGCGGUCAGAGUACCUUCCUUUUCCACAGCUAUUUGAGAGCACAGCAGUGAGCAAAAAGGACACAAGAGAACAUGGCAAGGCGUCUAGAAAUCCGAACAAGUCUACAGAUGAAUUGGAUACUCCAGGAGAUGUUGACGGACGUGCCUCAGCGAAUGAUACAUUGGAUAAACAAAAGAAAAUCUCCAAACAGAAUAUGGAGAGAGGUGGAAGACCCUCAGAUGAAAUGUCCAUGGGAAGUAUGAGUAGCUUGCUUGACCCUCGAGAUCCUAGCACUAUUACAAAGACAUUUCGCUCUCAAAAAUCAAAAGCCCAGGCCAGCCUGGCCUCCAGAGACAAGACACCUGUUGGCAGGGGCAGGAAGAGGAAAAUCCCGAUUGUGAAAGGCAAGAGUGCUGAUGUUUCCAUCGCCAGUGGCACAGCAGUUGCUGCUCAUGGCAACAGCGACCAACUGCAAACAGAACAAGUGGAUGAUGCCACAAUGCAGGGGGGUUCAUUAGCUGCAUCUUCCUGCAAACAACAGCAGGAUGAUGUCUCUUCUGAACCUGGCAGUGAGUUCUCCAUGUUUGAAGCCUUGCGUGACACAAUAUAUUCAGAGGUAGCAACGCUCAUCUCUCAAAAUGAAAAUCGUCCACACUUCCUCAUAGAACUUUUCCACGAACUUCAGAUGCUUAACUCUGACUACCUUCGUCAACGAGCUCUCUAUUUACUCCAGGAUACUGUGACACGACAUUUGACAGAGCAGGGUGCAAAGGAGAAGCGAGGGCCAGUGUGGAGAGCCUCUAACUCGGAGCUCACGCCCAGCGACAGCUUGGCCACCAGCGAUGAUGAGGAACAAGUGGGUGGUGCUCAAGCUAAAAGGCACUCAUACAGUGGAAUGACAACACUGAAGCCAGAAAGGGUAGAAUUGAAUGAAAACACGAGUACAAAUUCUUCAUGCCCAGAUCCUUUUGCAAACGAUGAACUAGGCAGCACAGUGAUCCAUAUAGAAAAGGCAUUGGCCAAAAUGAAAGAGUUGAAGCACUUGAAAGAGAAGUCUGAGGUUGAUCAGACCAACAGCUUGGAGGAAGGGGCUGUGGGUAACUCUAAAGGGCACAUGGAUAAUGGCUCUGCACGGGAUGAGAGUGACAGUGAGUCGGAUGUCCCGUGUCCCCGUGUCGACACCCAGCAAGUGGACAGGCAGAUAAAAAACAUAAUGACUGAAGUUAUUCCAUAUCUUAAGGAGCAUAUGGAUGAUAUUUGCUCACCCCAACUUCUAACCUACAUUCGCCGCAUGGUACUGAGCCUAACACAACAGAAAGAUGAGAGCAAAGAGUUUGUGCGCUUCUUUCACAAACAGCUUGGGUCUGUGCUGCAGGAAUCUUUGAAUAAGUUCCAUGGGCGUCGUCUCAAAGACUGCGGCGAAGACCUUCUCGUUGAGAUCUCGGAGAUCCUCUUCAAUGAGUUGUCCUUUUUCCGACUCAUGGAAGACCUGGAUAGCAGCAGCAGGGUGGGGGGUAUGCCAUCGGCAAACUGCCUGCAACAGCGCAGGCGGGCCAACCCUCCACCACGCUGGGAGGUCUCACAUGGGGCCUGCAAGCAGGGACCAGAAACUAGUGGAGAGCAUAAGGAAUAUAGCAAUGGAUCCAAUUCUGAAGGACCUGCCACUAAGGAUGAGCAAACGAAUAAAGAUGCUGCUCGUUCGGUGAUGACUAUCGAUGCAACUGAAGAAGAAGACCUGGGGAAAUCUAGAGAUGAUGACUUGGCUAUGGAAUGCCAACUCUCAUGUAAGGAUGAUGAAGAUGAAGGGGAAAAUGAAGAUGCCCCACCCAGGCAUACCUUUUACAGUUUGUCACAAGCAGAGACACUACCCCUGACUAACUAUGGGAGCGGGGAGGAUGAGGAGGUGGAGGACGAACACGAAUUUGACACAGCAAGACUAGACGUUCCCACUUCCCUGCAAGCAUCUGGUGGAGUUGCAGAUGAUGAACCAGAACAGAUUGAGCCCAUAACUGAAGGAAGUCAAGCCAAAGCUUCUCGUGUUUCUUCUCCUAAAGCUCAAUUCAGAGCACAAAUUAUCAUCGUUGACCCGGUGGAUUGCACCUUACCAGUGGCAAGUGAACCUUCGCACUUUGAUGACCAACCAGGUGAUUUUGGAAGCGGCAGAGAAAACACUGGUCAUCAUGACACCACCACCGCUGAUGCAACUGGACAAGAGGAUGGCUCCCAGCAUUUGUCUGAACACAGCAGCCAAGACACCGAAUCCCCCAUUUUGGUCAACAUCCCGCAGCAGGGGUCGGCCUCAAGCUCAGGCAGCCUCAGUCAGAAAUCUGAUGAAGAUGACUUUGUGCAGAUUGAAGACAUUCCUCCCAAACUUACCAUUCUCUGCGAGGAGGAGCUAAGAAAGAAAAUAGAAGAGGAGGAGAAGCAGAAUGAUAUUGCUGAUGCACUCUUGACAGCCGGACAGGGUGAGGGAGAGCUUGCUGGAGAUGCGCAGGCAGUGAAAGAGCCAGAUUCAAACUCGCCGCGCAGUGGAUGAUUCUCGGUGGUGAUUUAAGCACUGCAGAGAGCAUGUUAACAAACACGUUAAAAGAUUUGAAGUUUGUUCAUGCAGAUUGGUUUGUCAUUCAUAACGAACUAGUCAUUAGCCACUUAAAUUCUAUGUAGUUGUGUUGCCUUUUGGCACCUGUUCUGUAUGUAUUGAAAGUUGAAAAUACUUCAUUUACGAAAAAACUGUUUUCGUUUGUUUUUUCAGGUUUAGCUGUCUUACCAAUAAAUUCUUUACACUUGAUGACUCUAAUCAUAUAUAGCCGCACUGCCUUAAUGAGUGCUAGUGUUACUGUAUUAGUGUUGGAGUUGAUGUGUGCUGUUUGAAGCUAAAUCCAAAUUUUAAUGAGAGUUGCAUUUGGAAAAUUGACAAAUUCGAAAAAUUCCCUCUUAAAGUUAUUGUGAUUACCGUUGGUUCAUAAGCAUGCUGUAGAAAUUACUCUUAUUUCACUCUUCAGCACAUUUGCUGCCCUUUGGAUCUUGUAUAAUUACGUUUGAAAUAAAGUGUUGCUUUAU